AUGGCGGUACAGCCUUGCCAUGCUGAAGAAAAAGACCGUGUUCCCUCCUCGUCCCAGGCCACCGAAUUGCGAACAGAUCCUGGAGGACCUGGCCAACGCUGCUGGCUCUCAAGACCCAGCUCUCCAAGUGGCCGCAAGCCAUACAACCUCAGGCGGAGAAGCCGUGCUGACAGACGGACAGCAGCAACAGAGUGUUCGGUGGAGCGAGGUGGUGAAUUUUGUGGAGACGAGCCGGCAGUCAGAGGCGCUUCGAACGACGCUGGAGGCGCAGACGUUGACGCUGCAGGCCAUCGAACUCGAGCUCAGGAACAUGGACAAGAUGAUUCGUCAACAGGCAUUGAAUGCACUGAGAAAGAGUCCACCCCGAUUGUGACUGCCAGCAAGUAUUUUAGUGGGAGCCGCCGAAAGGAGCAGCAGGUCAAAUCAGUCCUGGACGUUAUCAAGGCUUCCAAGUGGAUUCCCCCUCGUUCACCUUAUGAUCUGAUUCAAGAAAAACUGUACCAUGACCCUUGGAAGCUGCUGAUCGCAACUAUUUUCCUGAACAAGACUCGCGGCAGUGUGGCGUGUCCGCUGGUGUGGCUCUUUUUCGAGAAGUGGCCAGACCCUGAAGCGGCAAUCGCGGCUGACCUGGAUGAGUUGGCCGCCUUCCUAAGGCCACUUGGACUGCACAACCGGCGCGCUGAGCAAAUUGUCCGCUUCUCUGAGGACUACAGGAAGAAAUCGUGGCUCUACCCGAAUGAGUUGUAUGGCAUUGAUAAAUACGGCAACGACUCGUUCCGAAUUUUUUGCCGCAAUGAGUGGCGACAAGUGCAACCUGAUGACUAUAUGCUCAACUUCUACCAUCAGUGGCUCCAUGAAAACGCCGAGAGACUAGGCAUUUGAGAUACAAUUGUGCUAAUCAAAACGAACUCAAUUGUUGAGGGGAAUUAAGUUUGAAGCAUAAUUUUUUGAUAACUUUUUACUCAACAAGUGAGGUUAAAUUGAUUAAAAUCACUAUUAAUUAAAUUCAAAUUUCGCACCUUAAUGGUCAGUUAACACUUAUUGUGAUAUUCUGUAAGUAAAAUCCAUUUAAAUAUCGCUUUUUUAAUAAUUGUUGUUAUUUAUUAAUAAAAGUAAAUUCCAAAUUUC